GACUGUGCGCGCGCGACGCAAUUAUUGCUACUCACGUGUUGAUCCGUACCGUACACGAACGUCGUCGUGGUCGUCCUCGUCAUCGCCGCCGCCGUAGUCGUCGCGAUAGUCGUUUAAGUGAGUUCGUUUCGUUACCGUACUGUAUAAUAUCGUCGGAAUUUCGGAUUUUUUUUUUCUGAAGGAUUUUUCACGACGACACCUGCAAUAUUAUACGCACGAUAAUAAUAAUAUCAGCAAUAAUAGUAUAUUAAAAAAAUAAUAAUCACGUUGUAAGCGGCGCGUUUUUUGUGCUUUCCGCCGCAUUACUGCAGUGCACGCAGUGAUGCGUUUCGGCUGCUUGCGGCAGCAGUGAUAAGCGAACCGCGGGAACGCAAUGAUGACCAUGAUGAUGAUGCAACGUCUGCUCCAGAAUAACAACAACAACAACAACAACUCCAACAGCAACAAUAACAAUAACAACAAUAACGGUUACGCAGACGAGAUGAGGCUGAACGGCAUACGUCACCAUUCAGCAAGUCCAUUUUCGAAACCAGCCGCCGUGCAGGCCGCGGCGUCCGACAGCUGCGGAGGCGAACAAGACGCGCUGACGUUGCAAACGUCGGCCGGUUGCACUGAACCGCAGCUACAGCCCGUCUCGCCGCAGUUCGUCUGCACCGGUACGGCGACGGCCGCCGCCGUGCAAGCCGAGCCGACGUGCACCACCGUGGUGACCGUGGCCGCGGCGGACGACCGGCUGACGUCCGACGAGGACGACGAGCUGAACGUGGACGAGCUGAACGUGGACGAGCUAAACGUGGACGAGGACCCGGUGGACCUGACCAACAACCGGUUGCACGGUGGCCGGGUCAGCGCCGGCCACGGACUGAUGUUGCACUGCGACCGCGGCGCCGGCAGCCUGCAACCGCAGGCGGGGAGCGUGGCCGCCGCCGUCCCGAUGGACACCACGGCCGCGGCCAACGAUUACGAGACGAGCGGCAACAGCAAGGGCCGGCUCGCCUUUUCCGUCGAGAACAUACUUGACCCUAACAAGUUCACCAGAAAACUGAUGGCACCCGCCGCCGUCCUGCCCAGGUGGAGGCCGCGGGUCGACUUCGCCACCGACCCUUCCGGAGCCGGCGAAGAAUGUUCGCGCAACUACAUAAUGGACGAGGACGACGAGGACAUCAGCGUGAGCGGCGACGGUUGUGGCAGCGACAUGAGCGACGACCGGGACAAGGUCAGUGGCGACGGCAGUUCGUCGACUGGCGUCGGAGGUGGCGCGAAAAAGUCCAAGUCGUCUUCCGACCACUGUGGCGGAGGCGGUGGUGGCGGCGGAGGUGGAGGCGGUUCGAAAAACGGAGGCAGCGGCAAACCGCGGCGGGCCCGGACGGCGUUCACGUACGAACAGCUGGUGGCGCUCGAGAACAAGUUCAAGACGACGCGGUACCUGUCGGUGUGCGAGCGGCUCAACCUGGCGCUGUCGCUGUCGCUCACCGAGACCCAGGUGAAGAUAUGGUUCCAGAACAGGCGGACCAAGUGGAAGAAGCAGAACCCCGGGCUGGACGUGAACAGCCCGACGGUGCCGCCGCCCGGCCCGGCCGGGUCGUCGGCCACCGGCGGGCCGCCGUUCUUCCACCCGCUGGCCUACUCGGCCGCGCACCACUACCAGACGCAGAGCUACUCGGCCGCCGCGGCCGCCGCGUACUUCCACCACCUGGGCGCGCACCACUCCACGAUCGGCGGCCACCACCCGCCGUCGUAAUGGCCCGUCACCCGUUCCUAAAUAUUGCAAUAAUAUUAUAAUAACGCGACCGCGUGCCCCCUGCACCGUCCACGGCGGCCGGCGCGCGACGACCGCGGCGAGACGGCGUCCGCCAGAUCUCAAAAUAAUAAUAAUAAUAAUUGUGUACGUUAUUGUCAUAAUUUGUUCGCCGCCGAGCCGGAGACGACUUCGGCGGGCCGACGAGACACCGCGACGACAAUAAUAAUAUUUAUAUUACAACGGUGUACAGUUGUAGUCGCCACUGAUUUUCGCCUGUCGGACCGAGCAGUCCCGAUUUACACGUACCAACACAUGGGAAAUAAUACCUCUAUUGCUCACUGCAUGUGAGUUAACCACGAUGGUCGAUGUGUAUUUUUAAGGACAUUUUUCCACAUAGUUUUAGACCGUUUUCCCGAUUUUAUCGCAUAUAAUAUUUUGACGAUAAACGCGUUAUUUCCUCGAUGUUUUGAAAAUAUUUUUUUCACAUAAUUUAAAGUCGUUUUUAUUCUUUGACCUUUAUCGCAUUAGUUAUAUCGACUUGUCCGGUUAAUGCGGACUCGAAUGAUGCUCUGGACCCUCAAAGUGAAUCCAAUAAGUGGCAACUACUGCAGCGGUAUUAUGUAAUAUUUAAAACGGCACUAUUAUACGAAUAUGAGAUGCGGUCGGUUCGUUGUAGCACAUCGUCCGGAAUCGUAUUUUUGUUACUAGAAUAAACGGUUUUCCUGGACGAAAUCUCCGAGUCCAGACCGCUGCAGUUGGGUGUUCACGGCGGCGGUAUUCAAUGUUAUAUACCAACAGAUAACCGUGAAUACCUGGAUCCAUAUAAUAUCAUAGGUAUAUUACGUAUAAUAUAUUAUACUAUUAUGUACCCGCGUAUAAUGAUGAUGAUAAUAAUAAUAAUAAUAUUAUGUCGUCGUGAUGUUAUGAUAAUAUUUUAUAGCCAAUGUUUUCCGUACCCCUUCUGCGCCCAUCGCCGCAAACCCAUAUGAUAAUACUAUUAUAUGUAUAUUAGGUAUCUUGUGUAAACUAUUACGAUUUUACGUCUUAUUCUUGUUACAUAUUAUAUCAUAACAUAAUAUUAUCAAUAUAUUGUAAUAAUAUUAUAUUGAACAACGGAAAUGGUCAUUCGUAUGGUGAUCCGAACCGUGUCCGCAAUAGUCGAGCGAUCGACACGUAUAAAAGCAUUUAUAAUAUAUUAUAAUUAUUGUACAUCCACGUGGAUAAAGUUGUUGUUAUCAUACUAAUUAUAUUAUGUAUAUUGUGUCGUGUCGGUGUAAUGACAUCAGGCCUUAUGAAAUGUAUCGGUUGGUUUUCGAGCCAAACCUUAGGGUUUAUACCUACGUAUUAUAAUACUGCGGGGUGAUUCGCGUUGUUCCGUACAAAAUUUGAGUAAGAGGUAUGCAAAUGUAAGAUUUCAGAAAUUUUCAAAAAUCUGGUUACACGUAUACCUCAAUAAACAUAAAAAAAAAAUAGGAGAUUUGGGGACGACGAUAUUCUUGUUUUAUGAUAUCUACAAGUUUCAAUAUGAAUCAGACAGAUGGGUAAGUGUACACUCAGUGGAAUCUUACGUUCAUAAAAAAGGUUUUCUAUUCGACUGACACAUUAUGAGAACAUUAUCGAAGUUUGUACUGAACAGCCUGAAUCACUGUGCAGUAUAUAGGUACGUCAUGACACAUUUCGUGUAAACUCAUCAAAUUUAUGUAUAUUUUAUAUUAUUGUUGUUUUGUUUAUCUGUUUUUAUGUUUAUUGUUUGUAUUAUUAUUAUUAUUAUUAUAUUAUUAUUACUACUACUACACACUCAUCGGCCGAGUCGAGUCGAGGUAAUUAUCGAAACAGUUUUUUCGUUUGAUUUUAUUACAUAUUAUAUUAUCCGACCUGCAAAUGCCCAUCGAUUACAUUUUGCAAUAUUAUAUCAAUUUAAUACAAAUAUAAUUACUAUUUUUAUACACAUUAUUAUUGUUAGAUAAUAUUAUGUUAUUGUUCAUUAAACGUGUUUUUUUAUGAUUUUUGGCUUUUAACCAACUAUACAAAAUAAUAUCAUAAAAUGUAAUGCAGUUAAAUCAUAUAUUAUUAUUAUUAUUAUUGUACUUAUACGUUAUAGUUAUUGUGUGUCGUCGGAAUAUCGAUUUAGCUACGAUCUGUGAACUAUAUUGUAUAGGUAAACCGUAUCAUGCGCAUCAUAGUCGAACCGGUAUGUUUUUUGUUUCUCAAACGUAUACCACUCGAACACUCAAAAUAUAAUAUAAUAUAAUAUAUAUAUAUAUAUUAAUACAACAUUUUAAUAUGUAUAGGCGUGUACGGCGGCGUACACAUACGUCAUUAUAAUAUAAUUAUUACAUUGUACUAUAUAGAUUAUCACCGUACAUAGAAUUAGGUCGGUUUUUUAUUGUUUGUUCGGUACACGUAUACCUACGUAUUAUUAUUGCCUAUAUGUGUAAAUAAACUAUAAACGAUAUUGUAUAUUAUAAUAUUAUUAUUAUAUCGUGUUCGUUGUAAAUCACUACCACAUGUACAGUAUAAUAAAUUAUGAAAAAUAAACGGACUACCUAUUAUGUUCGCUCGUAAGCACUCUUGUUUUCAUUUCCAGGCCCAUCCCCCUCGCGACUGCGCGCCCGAUACCAGCGUGUUAUUAUCAUUAUAUUAUUAUGUACAGCUGAUAUCGUGUGUGUAAUAUCGUAUACCCCCAAAUAGCGGCGACACAUGUGUGUCCGUACACAAACAUUGUAAUGUUAUAUAAUAAUAUAUUAGCGGUUGUUAUUCUAGCACAUUUGUUUUCUCUCUCUCCGCGCGCUAAAUCCACGAGGGAUUAAACGAGCGCAAUUUAAAAUAAAAUAAUAAAAAAAAAAAACGUCGACCGCGAUAGUCAUUAUAAUAUAUAUUAGUAAAAACGUGUACGGCAGCGGCGGGCGUCUGUGUACAUAAAUCAUUUUUUUUUUUAUUCGACUACUGUGAUAUUAUUAUUAUUAUUAUUUUAUAUUAUAACGAUCGCGCGGCCGAUCUCUCGCGAGACUCGGAGACCGCACGCAACGCAAGCGAUUAUAAAAACUAAGUAGAUCGAUGACGUACGUAAUGUGCACAGAACGGGUGACGGCGAUAACACGUGUGUGUUUCGAACGGCUUUACUCGACCUAUA